AUGGAAUUAUUUCCUUUACUAUUUUCCGUAUUUAUCACUGUGAAAUAUCUACGUACUUUCUUUUUCACUUUCUUUUUUCUUUCUUUCUUUCUUUUUCUUUCAUUUCUUUCUUAUUUUCUCUUUCUUUCUUUCUUUUUCUCCCUCUUUCUUUCUCUUUCUUUUUUCUUUCUUUCUCUCUCUUUCUCUUUCUUUCUUUUCAUUCUAUUUCUAACUUUCUUCCUCUUUCUUUUUUCUCCCUCUAAAAAGAAAGAGAGAGAGAGAGAGAGAAAAAAUUCUCUUUCCCUUUCUUUCUUUCUUUCUUUCUUUCUUUCUUUCUUUCUUUCUUUCUUUCUUUCUUUUCUUACAUUUCUCUUUCUUUCUUUUUCUUUCUUUUUUCUCCCUCUUUUUUCUUUCUCUCCUUCUUCCUUUUCUCUCUUUUUCUUUUUUCACUCACUUUCUCUUUAUAUUUUCUCGCACUCUUUCUUUCUAUAA